AUGGCAACCCCAUCUGCAAACAUGGUCGUUUUGGGAGUAUUUGCGUUAGCAUUAGGAUUUGGGUGCAUGGGUUUCCCAGCUUACGCACACUAUCCACACAGGCACGUCCACAUAAAGGAGCAAUGGCUAGAAGCACACGCUACAUUCUAUGGCGGCAACGAUGAAGCUGGAACUAUGGGGGGUGCCUGUGGGUAUGGCAAUUUGCCUCAGCAGGGGUACGGAAUAUACACGGCUGCACUGAGCACGGUGCUGUUCAACAAAGGGCUGAGCUGCGGAGGAUGUUACAAACUGGAGUGCAGGCAAGAGGACGACCCACAGUGGUGUCUGCCCGGAACAUCGGUGACCGUCACCGCCACCAACUUCUGCCCGCCCAACUAUGCUGAACCCAACGACGCCGGCGGGUGGUGCAACCCUCCUCUUCCACACUUCGAUCUCUCUGUUCCCGCCUUUCAACAGAUUGCCUUAUACAAGGGCGGCGUUGUUCCAGUGCGCUACACAAGGGUGGAAUGUGUGAAGAGUGGAGGAAUUCGUUUCACUAUAGCUGGAACUCAGUAUUUCCAGCUUGUGCUGGUCACCAACGUGGGAGGAGCCGGAGAUGUGGUGGCCGUGUCAGUGAAGGCCAAUCAUCCGCAGACCCACGCGAACUCCGGGUGGCAAAGCAUGUCGCGCAACUGGGGGCAGAAUUGGCAGAGCCAUUUCAACAUUUUGGGACAGACUCUGUCGUUCAGGGUGACCACCAGUGAUGGAAAGAGCGUCAUUUCGCAUAAGGCGGUUCCUGUGUCGUGGCAAUUUGGCCAGACUUUUGAAGGAAGACAAUUUCAGUAG